AUGUCAAAUGAUUCAAGCACAGUCAAAGAUGUCAUCUACAGACCUAACAAGCGGUUGUUAAGGAUAUUCAUUGUGCUUUGUGUCCUUCUGCUUCUUAUCAUUGGUCAACACUUAUUUCUCGAUUCUCGUGAAGAUCUGGUAUCUGCAUUGCAAAAUAGCAGGGUUUUCAAGUUUAUUAACGAAGAAGGGGAUAAACAUACUUCGAAUGACGUAGAUUCUUAUGGUACAUCCGUAGAAACACACACUGUGCAAAAGGAAGAAGAGGAAGAAGACCAACUGCUCGAGGUGAAUGGGGUGCUAUCAACAAACGAAUACAAUGAAGAUUCCAAUUCAGGAGGUGAAGAAGGAGACAAGGAGAAAGAGAGGGCUGCAAUGGUGGUUGUGGUACAGAAUAAGGCUGAUAUUCCGAUGAUUAUGCCAACAAUAAGAAGCUACCAACAGAAGUUUAAUGAAAAGUACAAUUAUGAUUGGAUUAUAAUAUCGCACAGAGCGAUGUUGUCUCUGCUUCAGCGAGAUAUAACGGCUUUAACUUUGCUGGGAUCCAGCGUGAAAUUCAUGGAUUUGAAAUACCUGUCGGAACUUUUAGUAUAUCCUCCGGGAAUUGACAAACAAAGGGUAAGACAAACUAGACGUGACACGGACUUCCCAAAAAUGUUGAGAUCAAAAAACAUAUUACAAGCAAGACAUUUUGCAAGGUUCCUGACAGGCCAUUUCUAUAAUUUGGAUAACCUCUGGAAAGACUAUGACUACUACUGGAAAGUGCCAUUGGGCUCGCAGUUGAGUUGUGAAGUCAACUAUGAUGUGUUCAAAUACAUGAAACAAAACAAGAUCAAGUAUGGAUGGCUGUUGAUGCAAGAAGACUAUCCUCAUCUUCAUCCUAGUUUGUUCAAUAUCGUAAAGAAGUAUAUUCUCGACCCAAACAACAAUUUUAUGCCAGAAUCGGGACCCACUAAGAACAAUUUUCACUUCCUUCUUGGUGAAGGCAUGGACCCCAGUGCAUUACAGGACCCUAAUGCCGAUUGGAAGAUAAAUUCGUGCAGUAUUGAUACAGAGUUCGAAUUAGUGGACUUGUCGUUUUUCAAAUCCACCCAAUACCAACAUUUCUUCAACCAUAUAGACGAAUUCAACGGCUUCUACUACGAAUCCUGGAGAGAACCAGUAAUCAAGACCAUAGCCACGUCUCUUUUCCUCAACACAAACGAAGUUCAUUUCUUCGACGAUUUAGCAGUACUGGUUCGAACACAAGCCUUAGGGCUUUGUCCUUUAAACACCGAUUUUUACAUUAAAAACAAAUGUACGUGUGAUCCACGGGAACACGGCAAGAGGAUUGGUGUUGGUAAAUUCCCUGGAGAAGAACUACAAUUAAUGCAUAAGAGUACAUGUUUGGCUAAAUGGUUGCAAUCAUCAGACCAAGGUACUCCUAAAGUUUUUGAGGUUGAAGACGACCCAUUAUUUCAUUCUUUUUCGAAAAUGACGAAACGGCUUCUGUUGAUUAGAUGUACGUCGCUCUACGGAGUCGCUAACCCUAUCUAG